AUGAAGUGCGCCAUCAUCGCCGCCAUGGGUGUCGCAGGCACCGCCAUCGCCGCACCUGUCCAGCAACAACCAGGCGAACACGGCCAAGGCAAUGGUCAGGGCGGCGGUCAAGGCUAUGGAAACCCCGAGCCUACCAGCACUGUGCCUGCCUGGGAAACUAGUACGCCUGCAUGGGAAACCCCAACCCCCAGUGCUGGCGGCUGGCCUUAUCCAUCCGGACCUAUUCCAGGCUGGCCCACUUCUAUGCCAUGGGGUACCCCUGGUCCCUCCGGCUAUCCUGGCGGCGGUGGCGGUGGAUGGCCCACUGGAUGGCCCACUGGAUGGCCUACUGGAUGGCCUACUUCCUCUGUCUCUAUCCCGCCGGCCGCGACGACCGGUCCAGUCCUUCCGGUCUGUCCUGAUGUGGAAGCCCUCCCGAAUGCGGAUACGGCGCCCAUCGAGUGCAUCAAUAAGCCGAACGUGCCGGAUACCAACCCAGGUGGUCCCAUUGAGCCGUUAGAUGGAAACACUGGCCCGAAGCGCCGUUCAAUCCUUGACUGGUUCGAGGGCAACAACAAGGAUGAGAAGGACAACUAA